CGCAUUCCGCCAGCAGGCGCCGCGCGUGCGUGUCGCGAGUGAUGACUAGUGCUGUGUUGUGCUCGCAAUCGAAACAAUGCUGCUGUUCGUGAUACCUAUCCUGCUCCUGAGCUCCGGAGUCAACUCCCAAGGCAACUACUAUCCGCCGAAAAAGUCAGCCGCUUCCGAAUCACAAGUGCGCUUCGCCAUAGAGAACAAAUACGACGACACCGGCCCGGGGGCGAAGAAGCCCGAAUUCGCGUACAAAACAUACAGGACGCUAGAAGAAGCGCUGACUGGAUACCUGGAUGACCCAGACACAAAACUGCCUAGACACGAGCGAGCGAAAGCUGAGCAGAAGUUAAUAGGUUCUCAGAAACUGGCAUAUCGUCAGUUCAGCAAGGAAAUGCCAGUGUUCCCGAAUGCGCCUUCUUUUGGCAAGAACCUAUACAAUUCUGACGUGAGCGUUCAAGUGCUGCAUCCAAGCCACCACCAGCAGUUGGGGUACCUGAAGAGUAUCGAGCUGGAGAAGCCGAAGGACCCGUUCCGUUUCCACAAGCUGCAGGCGGUGAAGGGCAGCCCUCUGAACCUGGCGCACUUCACGAGGGACGCGCAGGCCGACCACGAGUUCAACCCUAACCCGCAGUACACCUUCUCUUAUGGCGUUCAUGACAAACUGACCGGCGACUCCAAGUCAGCUCACGAGACCAGGGACGGAGGCACUGUCCAAGGGUUCUACUCCUUCAGAGAUGCUGACGGCAAGCAACGCACAGUCCAGUACACUGCUGACGAUAAGCGAGGCUUCCGCGCCAUCGUCAGGCGGACUGACGACCAUAGUCAAUAAGCCAACAAGGGCUAGUCAGUAUUCGGUACGCAGGGAUCAGCAUCACCAAGACAGCCAUAUUUUGUAAGAGGAAUAAGUUACCAUAAAGACAUGAAUCAUAUAAGCACUAUGUAAGAUUAAAGCUUUAAAUAAUGCUGUUAAAAAUUAGACCUUGAAACUUUUGUGCAAAGCGUUUUAGGAUCUUAAUAAUAACUAAAACUACUGCAACAGCACUAAGGAAACAGACCUUGAUGCCUUUUAAAGAAGACGCUACUCCUACACUGUAGUAAGUUAAUAAAACUACCACACUUAUGCGUUUGCCAUAAUGGCUUAAGACUAUCGACCAUGGUUAUCAAAUUCAAAAGGAAUCUAAUGCUCGUAUUCACAAACCAUGCUUGCUUAAGUGAAUCAGAAAAUAGAACGCACAGCGUUGAAUAGGGCUCUGUGAUUGAUUUGUGUGUCACCCUGUGCGUCCACGCGUACUGUGAGACCUCAUAGUAAUGUUUGUGAAUACGGGCGUAAAAGAAAUAUAUCAGGGUCUAUUCUAAACACGGUCUAAAUUUUAACGGUGGUUAAAGUCCUUGUCAACCUAUCUAUACAGUGUUAAAUGCUGAUAAAUUAAGAAUCAUUGCACUGCUAUUAAGUAAUAUCCAAAAAAACCAAGGUAUCAUCCAUCAGUUAAAUUAUGUAGAACAAAAAAAAUAGCACGAUACCGUUUUUUAUGCCGCUUAUUGAGGGUACAUAACGCUAUACGAAGCGAAGAAAGGUAGUAAACACAAGAAACACUUGGGAGUUAAUUAUUCUAUACCUAGAUUGUUAAUGCCAAAAGAAGCUGUGAGUUUUAUAAAAAGCACUCGGUAAAUUAAAUUAGACAUCACAAUAUUUCAAUUUUAUAGUAAUUAAUAAGUUCUUUUUAUAUCUCAUACCAUUUUAAAAUUAAGAACUCAUAAAAACUAAUUUUAUUUUUGCAAGCAGGCUUUUAAAAAGCACUUUAACGAUAAGAGUUUCCUUUGUAAAUAUCAUAAUCCACGAAUUUUUUUCGAAAUAAAUCAAAUGAAAAUAGUAAGUAAGUAGAUAUCAGUCAUGAAAAUCUACUCAAGGAUUGUACGUAAAAACAUGUAAAGAAGGAUCUUUGGUGCUACGUCGUAGCUCUCGUAGCUGCUACGAGACUUGCUCCUUAUUCUUAUUUAGACUACUAAAUAAUAUUUUAGAACUAAUUUAAUAAAGUAAAUGUUAAUAAAGUUCCCUUCAAACUGUCAUUUUAUGGAAGACAUAAUAUGCGUUUGGAAAAUGGCAAAAAUUAAAAUAAUUAAUUCGAUCCGUUGUAAUAAUUGUAUGCCAUACAUUUUUAUAUCUCAACAAUGAGAUUAUCUAAAUUAUUGCCAACACCCCUUAGACUCUACAUCUAUGUAAAUUUUGUUUUGAAUAUGAAUGUAUCACACGAGCAACGAAAAAGCUUUCUUUUCUCGCAAAAGUAUAAAAUGUAGAUCAAUCACAGUACGGAAUCAAUGACUUAAUUAAGUAAUCGAGUUUUAAACGUCAAUUCAAAAUACGAGAAGAAGGCAAUAAAAUAUCCCAUAGACAAGACACCAUAUUUUAUAAGUCUAAGAUGUAGUAAAAACUACAUCUUAGACUUAUUUAAAACAAAAUAGUGUAUCAGUAUAAGUGUAAAGGGUAAUAUAAUUCGAAAAUUCAUACUGUGUUUUAAUCAAUUUUAUAGUUUGACAAAAUUGCAAGGAAAUAAUGAAAUGUAUUUGUAAAUAAAACUGUACCUACGUACUGCACGUAAGAAUAAAUUGUAGAUAAAAUGAUAAUUUAGUCCUAAGGAUACCUCAUUUUUAUACCGAACAUAAUGCCAUUAAACUUAAAUUAAAUAUA